AUGACAGGGAUGGAUACGUCGGGAGACACGACGCUUAUGUCGGGUAUGAUGGUGCCGUACCUGCAUUUCACACCGGGAGAUAUCCUGCUGUUCGAGGGCUGGGUCCCCAAGAGUGCUGGUGCGAUGGUUGGAGCAUGUAUUGGCUUUUUCAUGUUGGCGUUGAUUGACCGCUGGCUUGCGGCGAUGAGGAGGGUCAUGGAAGGACACUGGGCAAGAAGGGCCCAGGUACUCUAUGCACGGAAGAACCGCGACUCCUCUUCCGAAGUCGAGGCGCUCAAGUCCGAGCCGGGUACCCUCAAGUCUGUCGUACUGCGCUCUGCACCGCCGUUUGUUCUUAGGAACGAUCUGGCAAGGGGUGCCAUGCAUGCGCUGCAGUCUGCUUUGUCUUUCACAUUCAUGUUGGCAGCCAUGACCUUCCAGGUGGGAUUCAUUCUCUCCAUCAUUAUCGGCAUGGGAGUAGGCGAGACAUUGUUUGGGAGGUUUGGUACCCAUGGGCUCGGAAGCGCCCAUUAA